AUGCAGUUUCAGAACCUGAGACCUGAUAGAACCACUUUGAGUGUGAUAUUAAGUUCGUGCGCGAGAUUGAGAUUUCUGGAAGGAGGGAAACAGAUCCACGGGGUAGCGAUAAGGACCGGGAUUUCUAAGAACAGUCACAUAGUUAGUGGUCUUAUUGCUGUGUACUCUGAAUGCGAGAAGAUGGAGGUCUCUGAAUGUAUAUUUGAUGAUUGUAUAAAUUAUUUGGAUGUCGCUUGUUGGAACUCGAUGAUCACAGGUUUUAGUCGCAACUCAAUGGACACAAAAGCUUUAUCGUUCUUCAAAAGAAUGCAUCAGACUAGUGUGUUGUUUCCUAAUGAAACUUCAUACGCCACUGUAUUAGGUAGCUGUUCAAGUUUAUGUAGUUUACUCCAUGGAAGACAGUUUCAUGGUCAGGUAGUGAAGAGUGGAUACGUAAGUGAUCUCUUUGUUGAAACUGCUCUAACCGAUAUGUAUUGUAAGUGCGGUGCAAUAGAUUCAGCGAAGGAAGUCUUUGAUACAGUGUUGUUUAAAAACACGGUUUUGUGGAACGAGAUGAUACAUGGGUAUGCUCAUAACGGACGAGGCGAUGAAGCUGUUGGUCUCUACAGAGAGAUGAUUACAUCGGGAGAGAAGCCGGAUCGGAUAACAUUUGUAUCUGUCUUGACUGCUUGUAGCCACUCAGGACUAGUGGAUACCGGGCUUGAGAUACUCGGGUCGAUGCAGAGAGAUCAUGGGAUUGAACCGGAGCUGGAUCAUUACAUAUGUAUAGUUGAUUGUCUUGGAAGAGCUGGUCGGCUUGAAGAUGCAGAGGCUCUUGCAGAAGCUACGCCAUACAAAAGCAGCUCUGUUCUAUGGGAGAUUAUACUUAGUUCAUGUAGAGUCCAUGGAAAUGUGAGCUUGGCUAGACGAGUUGCAGAGAAACUCACAAGUUUGGAUCCUCAGAACCCAGCUGCUUAUGUGCUGCUAAGCAACACAUAUACUUCUGUCAGACAGUGGGAUGAAUCUGCAGCUCUUCAAGAACUGAUGAACAAGAGCAGAGUUCGUAAGAGUCCAGGUCGUAGCUGGAUCACAUAG